AUGUUGAAUUAUCAUGUCAAACAACAAAAUCUGUGGGACGCAAGUUUAAGUCAUGCAGAUGUUAAUAAUCUUAUUCAUGAUAUAUAUCCAAGUCAUCCGCUAACAUUAACGUCCAAUAAUAGACGAUUUUUAAUCGUCUCUUUGAAACCAAAUGUUCUGACAACAUCAACAAUCGUAUUAAGACAUUCACAACAAUUUGUUAUCAAUCGAACACAAGUAUCAUCAAUCAGUAUUGGUCUAUUGCGUCGUUUAUGUGCAGAACGAAAACUAUUUGAACUAAGUUUAUUUCCAGAAAAAAAUAAAAAAUUUAUAUCAGAUCUUGUUAAGAAACAUUCACUUAUUAGUGACUUUACAUCACUUAUCAUUUUAGAAACACUAGGACAACAUAUUGAAUAUAAAAUAUAUCCAGCGAAAAUGAGAACAAAAUUAUACAAUGAUUAUUUAAAUUAUCAAAAAAAUAAACAAGAAACAAUAAAUACAAAUAGGACAUAUGACGCAUGGAAUAAUAUACCAGAUAUAUUAGUGCAUUUCUUUCUUUAG